AUGUUGGUGUAUAGUUUAGUAUUUUUUUUAAUUGUCAAUAGUGACGCAGUGGUCAGGAAUGAAACAUGUCCUGUGGUGACCCCAAGAGAAUUAAACUGGAAAGACAUGGACGGAACAUGGUACGUGGCAGCGGUCGCCACAGACAUGCAGGUCCAGGGUGACUGCGCGAUGAUAAUCUUCGACCACCAGGAGACCCCGGACGUUUCCAUCAGGUGGAUCACCAACAACACCGCUUCCUUCUAUAACGGCUCUGUGGCUCUGACUCCUGAUCCAAACGGCAACAGUACAGGCGGUGAUCUUUUACUGGUGACCUAUAAUGACAACAAAACGGAGACUUAUUCGUUUUUGGACAUCAACUACGAACAUUAUGCUGUCGUGUUCGCAUGUUACAACAACGACGAUGGUAGCAGCACAUAUGAAAUUUGGAAAUUAACGCGCACGCCACAUCUGAAGGACACGGACGCCGUGAAACUAGACCAGGCUAUAGCGAACUACAGUCUCCAGGGAACACCGUUCAUCAAUUUUAAUAAUACAGAAGACACUUGCCGGAUUAACGCUGGCAGACAGUUGGAUGCGUCGACUCUCAUAAUGACGUCAGCGGCUGCGAUCACGUUGCUCAGGCGAAUGUUCUAGAUGGAAUAGCGAAUCGGACCGCUCUUAAUACUGUUA